AUGGCGACCAAGAUGAUGUCCAUGCGGCCUGGCUCCAGUGCCAUUCGCUCUUUGUCCAGACGGAGACCCUCCUGCUCUCAGUCCUUCUCCUCUAGCACCCCAGCGGCAGCUCUGUCGCCCUACCGAAAACCCUCCAAAACCACUCCCGAUCAACCGAGACGACCUGCCACCACUGCUGCCGCUCAAGCACAAACCACCCGACCCAUCCCCAGUCCGGCCUUUAACAAUGACUUCCAGCGAAAUGAGCCCUCACCAUUGGUUAACAGGCAAAUGCCAGAGCUUGACGACUCCUUUGUCGGUCUCAGUGGAGGUGAAAUCUUCCACGAGAUGAUGCUGCGACAAGGCGUCGAGCAUAUCUUUGGCUAUCCUGGUGGUGCCAUUCUCCCAGUCUUCGAUGCCAUCUACAACUCCAAACAUUUUGAAUUCAUUCUUCCCAAACACGAACAGGGCGCAGGGCACAUGGCAGAGGGAUAUGCCAGGGUGUCCGGAAAGCCUGGAGUUGUUCUCGUCACCUCGGGGCCGGGAGCAACCAAUGUCAUUACCCCGAUGCAAGAUGCCCUGUCGGAUGGUACACCAAUGGUGGUUUUCUGUGGUCAGGUGCCCACUACGGCCAUUGGCACAGAUGCUUUCCAGGAAGCUGACGUGGUGGGAAUUUCACGAGCUUGUACAAAGUGGAACGUGAUGGUUAAGAACGUGGCGGAACUGCCCAAGAGAAUCAAAGAAGCAUUUGAGAUUGCCACUUCUGGACGACCAGGCCCCGUCCUCGUCGAUUUACCCAAGGACGUGACGGCCGGGAUCUUGAGAAGACCUAUUCCCAUGCAAUCGACCCUUCCCGCUCACCCGUCCGCGGCUACCUUGGCCGCCAAAGAGCUUUCCAGAAAACAACUGGAAGACACCAUUUCUCGUGUGGCCGAUCUGAUCAAUGUGGCGAAGAAGCCCGUCAUCUAUGCGGGCCAGGGUAUAUUGGGCUCGCCGGAGGGCCCGCAACUUCUCAAAGAACUCGCCGACAAGGCCUCCAUCCCCGUCACCACCACCUUACAGGGUCUGGGUGGGUUUGAUGAGCUGGAUCCCAAAUCCUUGCACAUGCUGGGCAUGCACGGGUCGGCCUAUGCGAAUAUGGCUAUGCAGGAUGCCGAUCUUAUCAUCGCCUUGGGUGCUCGAUUUGAUGAUCGUGUGACUGGCAACAUUGCCAAAUUCGCCCCACAGGCUAAGGCAGCUGCGGCCCAAAAACGUGGAGGGAUUGUGCACUUUGAAAUCAUGCCAAAGAACAUCAACAAGGUGGUACAGGCCACCGAGGCUGUCGAAGGUGAUGUGACCACCAAUCUGGCCGAACUUGUCCCUCGAGUUAAGCAUGUCCAGGACCGACCUGAAUGGUUCGCACAGAUCAAGGAUUGGAAGGAGAGAUUCCCCAUGAGCAGUUUCGAGAGAGGGACUCCUGAUGGCUUGAUCAAACCUCAGGAAUUGAUCGAGAAACUCUCCGACAUGACUGCCCACAUGAAAGAAAAAACCAUCAUUGCGACCGGUGUGGGCCAGCACCAAAUGUGGGCCGCUCAACAUUUCCGAUGGAGACAUCCCCGAACUAUGGUGACUUCUGGAGGUUUGGGCACCAUGGGAUAUGGGUUGCCGGCUGCCAUUGGUGCCAAAGUGGCGGCGCCAGAUGCUCUCGUUGUCGACAUUGACGGUGAUGCCUCGUUCAAUAUGACUUUGACGGAACUGAGCACUGCCAAUCAAUUCAAUAUCGGAGUAAAAGUCAUCGUCCUGAAUAAUGAGGAACAGGGCAUGGUCACACAAUGGCAGAGCUUGUUUUACGAGGAUCGAUUUGCACAUACCCAUCAAAAGAAUCCUGAUUUCGUUAAGCUCGCCGGUGCGAUGGGAGUUCCAGCAAGGAGAUGCAUAAGACCUGCUGACGUGGAAGAGAGUUUACAGUGGUUGAUCAGCGGUAGUGGCGAUGGGCCAGCACUUUUAGAAGUCAUUACUGACAAGAAGGUGCCAGUCUUGCCUAUGGUGCCUGCUGGCAAGGCUCUGCAUGAAUUCUUGGUAUACGAUGAAGCCACAGAAAAGGAACGAAGAGCAGUAAUGAAGAAACGAUCAGGUCACUGA